AUGUUAUGGAUUUCAAACAAAUAUUUGGAUGACGUGUGCUCGGAUCGUGAACACUUGUUUUGUUACUGCGAAGUGAGAUGGCUGAGUAAAGGCAAAAUGCUUAAAGAAUUUUAUGAUCUUCGCCAAGAAAUAGCAGAUUUUAGGGCUACGAAAAAUAAGCCAUUAGCUAAAGUAAAUGUUCCCUAA